CGCGGUCCACACCGGCCGACACAGCAGAGACGCAGAAGCUUCGUGGUGGUUGUUUUUUUUUCUUGCCAGCGGGAGAGGUCGUUUUCUUCGUUUGCGUUUUUGUGCUGCGGCCUGUGGCUCGAUUGCUUGCGACACCCGCCUGUCCACCUGCUGACCGAUCCGAUUGGCUCCCGGCAACAUGAAGCUCCCCUUGGUGGCUGCGGUGCUGCUGCUGCUGAGUGCAGCACGGGCCGAGGAGGAGGACAAGAAGGAGGACGUGGGCACGGUGGUGGGCAUCGACCUGGGGACCACCUACUCCUGCGUCGGGGUGUUCAAGAACGGCCGCGUGGAGAUCAUCGCCAACGACCAGGGCAACCGCAUCACCCCGUCGUAUGUGGCCUUCACCCCCGAAGGGGAGCGGCUCAUCGGGGACGCCGCCAAGAACCAGCUCACGUCCAACCCUGAGAACACGGUCUUCGACGCCAAGCGGCUCAUCGGCCGCACGUGGAACGACCCGUCGGUACAGCAGGACAUCAAGUUCCUGCCCUUCAAGGUUGUUGAGAAGAAAACAAAACCAUACAUUCAAGUGGAUAUCGGAGGUGGGCAAACAAAAACGUUUGCUCCUGAAGAAAUUUCUGCCAUGGUUCUCACCAAGAUGAAAGAAACUGCUGAGGCUUACCUGGGGAAGAAGGUUACCCAUGCCGUGGUCACAGUGCCCGCUUACUUCAAUGAUGCCCAGCGUCAGGCAACCAAAGAUGCUGGGACGAUCGCUGGACUGAACGUCAUGAGGAUCAUCAAUGAGCCGACCGCAGCUGCCAUUGCUUACGGCCUGGAUAAGCGCGAGGGAGAGAAGAACAUCCUGGUGUUCGACCUGGGCGGGGGAACCUUCGAUGUGUCUCUCCUCACCAUCGACAACGGGGUCUUUGAAGUCGUGGCCACUAAUGGAGACACUCACCUGGGCGGAGAAGACUUCGACCAGCGUGUCAUGGAGCAUUUCAUCAAGCUGUACAAAAAGAAGACUGGCAAAGAUGUCAGGAAAGACAACAGGGCCGUGCAGAAGCUCCGGCGGGAGGUGGAGAAGGCCAAACGGGCCCUGUCUUCGCAGCAUCAAGCAAGAAUUGAAAUUGAGUCCUUUUAUGAGGGAGAGGACUUCUCAGAGACCCUCACUCGGGCCAAAUUUGAAGAGCUGAACAUGGACCUGUUCCGGUCUACCAUGAAACCUGUCCAGAAAGUGUUGGAGGACUCCGAUUUGAAGAAAUCUGACAUUGAUGAAAUUGUGCUCGUUGGUGGUUCUACUCGAAUUCCAAAGAUUCAGCAGCUGGUUAAAGAGUUCUUCAAUGGCAAGGAGCCAUCGCGUGGCAUCAACCCUGAUGAGGCCGUGGCGUACGGUGCUGCUGUGCAGGCUGGAGUGCUGUCUGGCGAUCAGGACACAGGGGAUCUGGUGCUGCUCGAUGUGUGUCCUCUUACCCUUGGCAUUGAGACUGUGGGAGGUGUCAUGACCAAACUGAUUCCAAGGAACACUGUAGUGCCCACCAAGAAGUCUCAGAUCUUUUCUACCGCUUCCGACAACCAGCCAACUGUCACAAUCAAGGUCUAUGAAGGUGAACGACCGCUAACCAAAGACAAUCACCUCCUGGGCACAUUCGAUCUGACUGGAAUUCCUCCUGCUCCCCGUGGCGUGCCGCAGAUCGAAGUUACCUUCGAGAUCGACGUGAACGGUAUUCUGCGUGUGACAGCUGAAGACAAGGGUACAGGGAACAAGAAUAAGAUUACAAUUACCAAUGACCAGAAUCGCCUGACCCCCGAGGAGAUCGAAAGGAUGGUCAACGAUGCCGAGAAGUUCGCUGAAGAAGACAAAAAGCUCAAGGAGCGCAUCGACACCAGAAACGAGCUGGAAAGCUACGCCUACUCGCUGAAGAACCAGAUCGGAGACAAAGAAAAGCUGGGUGGCAAACUUUCCUCUGAAGACAAGGAGACCAUGGAAAAAGCCGUGGAGGAGAAGAUUGAAUGGCUGGAAAGCCACCAAGAUGCUGACAUUGAAGACUUCAAAGCUAAAAAGAAGGAACUAGAAGAAAUUGUUCAGCCAAUUAUCAGCAAACUCUAUGGAAGCGCAGGCCCUCCUCCAACUGGUGACGAGGAUACAACAGAAAAGGAUGAAUUGUAGAUGCUGAUCUGCUGACGCUGUACAUUGUAAAUACUGGACUCAGGAACUUUUGUUAGGAGAAAAUUGAGAGAACUUAAGUCUCGAAUGUAAUUGGAAUCUUCACCUCAGAGUGGAGUUGAAAAUGCUAUAGCCCAAGUGGCUGUUUACUGCUUUUCAUUAGCAGUUGCUCACACAUCAUGGGGUGGGGGGACAAAAGGAAUUGGCUAUCUUAACAUUUUGGUUAGGGGGCGUGUUCACCUGGAAAUGUUCUAUUUAACAACUGGGUCAUGUGCAUAUGGUGUAGGAACUUUUUUCUACCAUAAGUGACACCAAUAAAUGUUUGUUAUUUA